AUGAUAGUUUUACUCUCACCUAUACCAGCAAAUUUCCAAGGAAAUAAUGAGGAGUUUGAAGAUAUAUGUGUGAUAUAUAGGAUUAUAGACUCAGUAACUAAAGAAGUCUCAGAAAUAUUUCAACAUUGGAUGGAUGAUUCUGAAGAAAUCAGAAUUGGAUACAAGUCUAAUUUUCAUGUGAAAUCUUCUCUGAUUGCUAGAGGAAUUAUAGCAUGUUGGGUUAUGACUAUGCCAUUUGGAGCCUUUUACUUUGUUCAACAUCUUGGUUCAGUGCAAAUUCCUAUGAAUUGA